AUGGGCGGCGUCCUUGCGAUUCCAGCGCUCCUCCUACCUUCCGCCGCCACCGUGUGGUCGGUGGGCGCAUCUUGCUGCGGUGCGGCGUCCUGUUCAAUGCUCUGUGGACCAUGCGGCAUGUCCAAGUUUCGAUCAUCGAUUGCUACAAGAAUCGCCUAUGCCAUGAUCCUCUUGGUCAACAGUAUAUUGGCCUGGAUAAUGCUCACUCCUUGGGCCAUCCGAAAACUCGAGCACCUCACGCUCGACUACAUGACUUUCAAGUGUGGUUCGUCUAAAUGUUAUGGUUAUUUCGCAGUUCAACGCAUCAACUUUGCGCUUGCCUUAUUCCAUCUGAUCCUCUCCGUCCUUCUUAUUGGCGUCCGAAGCACAAAGGAUACAAGGGCAGGCUUACAAAAUGGGUUCUGGGGUCCAAAGAUCCUGGCAUGGUUGGCCUUUGUGGUAAUUUCGUUCUUGAUACCUGAAGGUUUCUUUCUCCUUUGGGGAAACUAUGUCGCCUAUCUCGGAGCCAUGCUAUUUGUCUUGUUGGGUCUUAUUCUUCUGGUCGAUCUCGCACACUCUUGGGCCGAACUUUGCCAGGACAAGAUUGACGAAGGCGACGGUCCCAACUACAGACUGUGGCAAGUUUUACUUAUGGGGUCAAGCUUGGGCAUGUACGUGGCCGCCAUCGCCAUGACAAUCGUCAUGUACAUUUUCUUCGCCAGCAGUGGAUGCAGCAUGAACAUCACUGCCAUCACUAUCAACCUGAUUAUGAUCAUUGUCAUCACUAUCCUCAGCGUCCAGCCAGCCAUUCAAGAUGCCAAUCCUAAAGCAGGAUUGGCUCAAUCUGCCAUGGUCGCAGCCUAUUGCACCUAUCUCACCUUCUCGGCUGUCUGCAUGGAACCUGACGACAAGCACUGCAAUCCACUCGUCAGAGCUCGAGGUGCUAGGACUACUACUGUCGUCCUUGGUGCCAUCGUGACUAUGCUUACAAUCGCCUACACGACGACUAGGGCAGCCACGCAAGGGUUCGCCAUUGGCACAAACGGUGGAAAGAACAAGUAUGUCCAACUCAGUCAAGAUGAAUACGAGCACGGUCUGGUCACUCAACAACCUGCGUCUCGUCGCGAAAUUAUGAGGGCUGCAGUGGAGAGUGGAGCCCUGCCUGCCUCGGCGUUAGAUGAGGACUCUGAUGAAGAAGAUGACAACACUGUGAACUCAAAGGACGAUGAGCGUCAAGGCACUCAAUACAACUACAGUCUCUUCCAUGUUAUUUUCCUGAUGGCAACGUGCUGGGUGGCGACGCUUUUGACACAGAAGAUGGACCCGGAGAACUCGAGCGACUUUACUCCUGUUGGACGUACAUACUGGGCAAGUUGGAUCAAAAUCAUCAGUGCCUGGGUAUGUUAUGGGAUCUACAGUUGGACACUUGUGGCGCCGGUUGUCCUCGAGGACAGGGAAUUUUCAUAA